AUGUUAAUGUAUUUUUGUCUAAAUUUUUUUUUUUCUUUUUUUUUUACAGCACUGGCUGAGAUUAUUAGCGUCAAAGAAUUGGAGACAAGGAAGCUCUUCUAUGUCCAUUACAUUGAUUAUAACAAGAGGCUUGAUGAGUGGGUUGAAGAAGAUAGACUGGACACUAGAAAGAUCCAGUACCCUCGUCGGGACUUAGCUUCAACAACUACCACUGGCCUUAAUACUCCAAAGAAGCUGACAGGCACAACCAAUUCACGUCCAUCUUCCCCUGGACUAGUGCCAGAGGACUUUUCUUGGCAGGGAUGCGCAUCCAAGGGAAACAUGGACCCAAUAACAGGCCCAUCCGUUUUAGCGGCCUUACAACAAAAGCAGCAGAAAAACAGAAAGAGGAAAUUGGAUUUAAAUGAGCCUGCACCAUUACAGGAAGAAGAACCUCGACGAGCUUCAAUUGGUUCGAUAAGUGGCUUGGCAGACAUAGAAAUACCAAAUAUAAUCCCAACUCAGCAUACAGCACCAAGGCAGACAGGCUCUUUAGCGACGCAUUCGGAUGAUCAUUCCAUAACACGUAUAAAAAACAUGAAGAUGAUCGAAUUAGGGAAAUAUAGAAUAAAACCAUGGUAUUUUUCUCCAUAUCCACAGGAAAUAACAGAGCUGGAUUGUGUAUAUAUAUGUGAAUUUUGUUUGAAAUACCGCAAAAGCCGGAAAUGCCUGCAGAGACACCUGCAAAAAUGUCCUUUCAAGCAUCCACCAGGCAACGAGAUUUAUCGAAAAGGGUCCAUCUCAUUCUUUGAACUCGAUGGCCGUAAAAAUAAGUUAUAUGCACAGAACCUGUGUCUACUAGCGAAGCUCUUCUUGGAUCAUAAAACACUUUAUUAUGACACUGACCCUUUUUUAUUUUAUGUCAUGACUGAAUAUGAUUCCAGAGGAUAUCACAUUGUAGGAUACUUUUCUAAGGAAAAGGAAUCCUCGGAAGAUUAUAAUGUUGCAUGUAUCUUGACACUGCCACCAUACCAGCGGAAAGGUUAUGGCAAAUUACUGAUAGAAUUUAGCUAUGAGCUAUCAAAAUUUGAGGGCAAAACAGGAUCCCCGGAGAAACCGCUCAGUGACUUAGGCUUACUGUCAUACCGCUCUUACUGGAAGCAGACAAUAUUGGAAAUUCUGAUAGGACUAAAGCCUCAGGAAGGACAAGAGAAACCUCAGUUGACAAUCAAUGAGAUCUGUGAACAGACAAGCAUCAAGAAAGAAGAUGUAAUAUCAACUUUAACAAACUUAGAACUUAUCAAUUAUUAUAGAGGGCAGUAUAUACUUACUCUAAAUAAGGAAUUAGUUGAAAGUCAUCGUAAGGCAAUGGAAAGGAGAAAAGUGAGAAUUGAUUCCAAAAAUCUACAUUGGACCCCUAAAGACUGGGCUAAAAGAGGAAAAUGGUAAUAGUAUAUUGGUUUUCAUUAGUGCUGUAUGUGCAACUGUAAAGUUUCAUUUUCCCUUAAUAAAUAAGUAGUAAAGUUGUAAAUUUCUUAAGUAAUACUGUUCUAUAAAACGUGAAUUCUAAUUGGUAAGUACUAAUAAAUCAUUUACAUUUAAUAUACAAGAGAAUCUGUUACUGCUUUCACAAAUGCGCCUCAUUUAAGGAAAGAAAAGGUGCUCAAUUUUCAUUUACAAUGUAACAUUUAUUAUUAAAACAGAAAGAUA